AUGACCUCGAUUCAGUUUAUAUUCCAGAUGAUACUGUCACAUCAGAUGACCUUUUCGCCUAGCUGUCAAAAGGUGGCUCAUGGGGUACAACUAUUCGAAAGCAAUCUAAUAAAAAAAGAAAACGUGGCCGAUUGCUCAAUAUCGUCAAAAAAGUUUACAGAGGAUGAUCUUUCAAAUAUUCAGGAAUAUAGAUCACUGGUCAAAUCGUCGAUGGCCACCAAAUGUACUGUUGGUUACGAACGAAGACCAAAUACCGAUGAACCUGACACAACCAAAAAGAAGCUAGUAAAUCUCCAAACCUACAAGAUGAAGACGAAGCUCUUAUGUGAAGAUGUAUUUGUGUCUUGCAACACUUCUGCCAACGACCCAAUUACCGAACGGGAUGCAACAACUCCACCAUAUACUUUCGACGAUUGCUCUGGUAAUACACAGGACUUAAUCACCAAGAUCACAAAUUCCGCUCGACAAAUUCGCCUUGUGGUAAUUGACUAUGCCGGAUUAUCGACCAAUCCUGAUGAUAUCAGGUUAUUCAUAUCUUUGAAUAAGUCCAUACGAGAAGUGGUAAUGAAUAUUGGUCAUAAGGUUGAAGUAUAUUCUCGUUAUGACUUGCUCAAAAACAUCAAGAUCCUCAACAAAUUUCGAUGUCGGAGAGAAUGUGUAAAACGAUCGCGAUAG